AUGACCCAAUUUUAUAAAUUUAAAGCCGAUGACAUUAUGAAGAAGGAAUUCCUUUUUGAAAAAUUUAGAGGACAAGUGAUUUUGAUUAUUAACGUGCCUUUUGGCGAGCUCACCCCUCAAUAUGAAUGGUUACAAAAACUUCUCAAUGAACGUAUGAAUCAGGGUUUUACCAUCGUUGUGUUUCCUUGCGAUCAAUUUGGUCAAUAUGAGCCCAGGAACGAAGAAGUUAUUCAUGAAGCUGGUUUCAAAUUAUUCUCAAAGAUUGAAGUAAACGGACCCUACGAACAUCCCGUUUACAACUUCCUCAAAAAUAGCAUCAAAACAGAUGAUAUUAAGUUGAAUUUUACGAAAUUCUUAGUCGAUCGUCAAGGAAAUGUUGUAGAAAAAUAUGAACCACGUGAUGAGCCCGAAAAAAUCUAUGAUGGUGUUGAUAAGGCAUUGACAAAACCACUUUGGGGUAAUAUGCUCGAGAAUCGUCUCUGUGAGCUGUAUACGAAAGACAAUGUCGUGGAUAUAUUCUGGGGUCGAAGUGUCGAAGAACACACUGCUGGUGAAAAUGUAUGGCAUGUCUACGUGAUUACACGUGGUCCUUUUCAUCCACGCACCAAAUUGGAGGACAUCGACGGUAUAUUGAUUCACUUCAUAAGAGAAGAUGAUGCAUUUAUUUACGCCGAAACUCCACCACAAACACCCUAUGAUCCACUGCCAAGUCGGAAAAAGGUUCCAGAAAAUAUACAAAAAGCUUUUGAUGAUGCUUUAAAUAAUGAACUGGGACCAUCGUUCCGUGAAGCUCAUUACAAUCUGGUCGGCAUGAGUACUGGUUAUAAGCGAAUACGUAGAAAGCUCACUGAAAUACCUGCCAUUAUACUUUAUGUUCGUCAGAAGGGAAUCUUACGUCGUGGGUGCGAAGGUUUAUUCCCAAAUGAAAUUUGUGGCUUUCCUGUAGACGUUGUCGAGGCACGAGUUGCAACCCCUUAUAGAUAUCAUGGAGAAGAACUUUGCCGAGAUUAUCAAGAUGAGAUUUCGUUGGGAGCGAGUAUAGGUAUAGGAAUAACUGGAUCUCGAAAAACAAUUGGAACUCUUGGUGUUGUUGUAUGUGAAAGAGACCUACCAAACAGAAUUGGUAUCGUCUCAUGUGAACACGUACUUAAAUUUAAAGAUUCUGAAAUCGGAAGCGACCCAAUAAUUCAGCCAUCACGUGAAGAUUUCCUAGACGUAUUUGAGAGAAGGUUACGGAAUAUAGUUGCGAGCUCAAAAGAACCAGGUGUUAAAAAAGAACUUUACAAAAAACGAAUUGAAGAAAGGCAGGACGAAGUCGAUCGUGCGAAAAAUAAGAAGCCGUUAGUACCUUUUGCCACUUAUGAACGUGGAAUGCGGAAAAACUAUCUUUCAGGCAUUGAUGGAAAAUAUUAUGGUAUUGAUGCUGCAUUUUGUAUUUUCACAAACAAAGAUCGCUAUUUAUUUCCAAAUAAAUUUUCUAUAACACGAGAUAUCUUUGAAGAGGCAGGACUUCCUCGUGAGACUCGUUUACGUGGUUUCUAUACAUAUAAUAUGCUAAGGAAUUUUGAUAAAGAAAAGGUCUUUAAAGUUGGGCGAACUACAGGUCUCACUGUUGGGCAUUGGAUUCCUACUAACAUCUCUGUUGCUAUUGAAUUAACAAAUAAAAGUAUUGAGCUCGCAGAAAGUAAAACUGAAAUUCCUCCUUAUGUUGAUCGAGGAAUUUUCGUUGGUUACAUGAAGGCACAAUUAGUUGAAGAAGUGAAUAGAAGACGUCAGGAAUGUUAUCCCACAAUUUGGUUUGAUCGUCAAUUGGCGAUCCAAUUCGGAUAUGGCGGGUUCGAAGUCGGAGACUCGGGUGCAAGUGUUGUCGACGAAGACGGAAUGGCCCUUGGUAUCCUUCAUGCAUAUAUUGCAACCGGAAAUUAUAAUAAUGCCAUUGCUUCUCCAUAUUUCGCAGUAUGUGAAGCAUUGGAUGUGGAUUUUCUUUUAACCGAUUACCCUAUUAAACCCUCUCCUGCUUAA